AUUUCUCCGAUCCAAAAAGUUUUUUCAUUUUCCCUCUCAUCUCUCUUCCUUGGAGGGAAAACUUCCAAACCCCAAAGCCCUUCCCACAGCUUCUUCUCCUCCUCCCGCCGGCGAGGAAUCCGAUCUUCUCCGCUUCCUCUGACCCAGCUCGGUUCAGUUGAGUCCACCCCCGGCUGGAUUGACUUGGUUCUGCUCCCUCACGGAGCUCACUGCCACUGUGUGGCUUCGGUUCUUCGAUCCUUUUGAUGUUCAAUUUGAACCCAAGGUGCUGCAGGCAUCACUAUAAGUGGAGGAAUUCUGCCAGAAGCGAGAAUGCAAACAAAGAAAAAUGGAUGUGGAAGAAAUGUGUCGAGGGAACCCACAAGUCCAAGGGUUUCUAGAUCUCAGAAAAGAUGUUCUGAAAAUGCCCAAGUAGCAGCGAAGAAAGUCUCUGAGCUAAUAACCUCCUCGGCGAGAAGACAACGAGCUGGUUCUCUUCAAAAGAAGAAUGAAAUUCCUGUCUCGGCAAAGGGUUCAAAUAGAGGGUAUUCCUUGGUGCAGCAUGAGACUGCAGAUGCUUGCCCAAGCCAUAAUGAGAUCACUGGUGCUUCCUUGGACCAUAAGAGCUGCGAGGAAGUAGCAGGUCGUUCCGCUGAGCAAACUAUAUUUUCUCCUACCUUUCAUUCAUCUAAAAUUGUGGAAGCGAAUCUUACCAAAGGAGUUAACUCUGACCAAAACAAUUACCUGCAUCAAGGAAUAGAUCAGUUGCAUGCUGAUAUGCGGGAUGAUCAUCAUACUGUUAGUUAUUCAGAAUGCAUGUUUGUAGAAGAGAAGAAAUGCGUUGAUCAUUUACCAACUUCUACUGACAGAAUUUGUUCUUCCAAUCUUGAGAUAAAUGAAGAUACGUCAUCCAAAACUUUGGAUACUAGUUUUGGUGAUAUGGUGUUUAAUACAUAUCCAGAUGCCCUGGAUACUAAUUGUGAUAUGGAGGUUGAUGGAACAAGGCUUUCAUCUGAAGUUUCUGCCAUAUAUUUCGCGAUGAAGAACUCCAAGCUUGAAUGUGUUGAUGAGCAUGGGCAGGAAACAGUUGUAGCAGAUGUAUGCGUUCAGGACACAGAGUAUGAUGACUUUGAUGACUUCGACCCUUACUUCUUCAUAAAAAAUCUACCUGACUUAUCAUCAGUUGUCCCCACUUUCCGACCCAUGUUGCUACCUAAGCAGACACGAAGCUGCCCCUCAACAUCUCUUGUGUUGGACUUGGAUGAAACGCUGGUGCACUCGACAUUAGAACCUUGUGAUGAUGCAGACUUCACAUUUCCCGUAAAUUUUAACCUACAAGAAUAUACAGUUUAUGUCCGUUGCCGGCCCCAUCUCAGAGAUUUUAUGGAGAGAGUCGCCACCCUCUUUGAGAUCAUUAUUUUUACAGCUAGCCAGAGUAUAUAUGCAGAGCAACUCUUGAAUGUGCUGGACCCGAAAAGGAAAAUAUUUCGCCAUCGGGUUUACCGUGAUUCCUGUGUUUAUGUGGAGGGAAAUUACCUCAAGGAUUUGUCUGUUCUCGGGCGUGAUCUGGCACAUGUCAUCAUCAUAGACAACUCACCGCAGGCUUUUGGGUUUCAGGUGGAUAAUGGAAUACCUAUCGAGAGCUGGUUUGAUGACCGUACUGAUCAAGAAUUGCUGCGGCUGCUUCCGUUCUUGGAGAGCUUAGCUGGAGUUGAUGAUGUUCGGCCUCUGAUCGCCAACAAGUAUAAUCUUCAGGAGAAGAUAGCGGCGGCUGUUUAUCCACCCUCGAACUUGAGGAGAGGAGACCCUCUCGAGAGGUGACAAUCGAUUAUUGCAUAGUAUGUGCUCUCGAAUCCAUCUUCUCGUUUCGAUCCAAACCAUCCCUCUCGUGUUUGUUUGCAGAUGGAGGUCGAGAACCCGAAGAAGAGCCACGAGCUGAAGCACCUGGGGUUCGUUAGGGUCGCCACGAUCCACGCGGUGGUCUGCAUCUCGAGCCUGUACGAUUACGCCAAGCGGAACUCCGGACCCCUGAGAUCCACGGUUGGGACCGUCGAAGGUGCGGUGACCGCCGUGGUGGGUCCUGUGUACGAGAAGUUCAAGGGAGUUCCCGAUGAUCUCCUGGCGUUCCUCGAUGAGAAGGCAGAUGAAGCUUCGCACAAGUUUGAUGAGCAUGCUCCUCCAAUAGCAAAGAAAAUCGCGUACCAAGUCCAUGGCUUAUUCGAGAUUGCAUCGCACAAGGCCCAGAAGCUCGUGCACGAGGCUCAGACCGGGGGCCCUUGGGCAGCCUUUCACUAUGCCGGCAGGGAGUCGAAGCAGCUCGUACUGAGCCAGAGCGUGAAGGUCUGGGACAAGCUGAACGAGGUCCCUCCCUUGCACAAUGUGGCAGAAAUGGCCGUCCCCACGGCAGCUCACUGGUCGAAGAAGUACAACCACACAGUGAAGAAGAUGUCGAGGAAAGGGUACCCUGUGUUUGGGUACUUUCCCCUGAUUCCUGUGGAUGAGAUGGCCAAGGCAUUCAAGCAGGGACAGGCAGAGGAGAAGGAAGAUACUGGCGCUGUGCACGAUUCGAGUUCGGACUCAGAUUGAUUGGAUUUUCGUGAACUGCGGGAGACUGGUGUGUGUGAACCCGAAUGUGGUAGAAGUUUAUGGGUAUUGCAAGUGGUUGUCUGGUAGAUUGUAAAAAACGAAAAAUGUUGACAACUAUGUAUCAUCCUAAAGAACUCUCUUGGUCUUGUUCUGCCCCACUUUCAUGAGAACCAGCGUUCAAUGAUUUGGGGAAAUUUCAUUGCUAGUACCAUUCCCCAGUUGUGAUCUGUUUUGCUUC